UCCUGUAAAUAUGUACCCCUAUACAGAUGAUACAGAGGUUGACUGUGGUUAUCCUCCUGAAAUAGAGAAUGGAGGAAUAUCAAACCUGUCCAUCACAACACCGUACAAUUCUACCAUUUCUUAUGAGUGCAAUGACAGUCAUCACUUUCACAACAACGAUACGUCACGAACUUGUCUUUCCAGUGGAAACUGGUCGGACGAAAACAUCUUCUGUAAAGAAAACAGUGUAUGUGAAGGGAUUUCCUGUCGGUUUGGUGCUGAUGAACUGCUGGCUAUCACAUUCGGUUGUUUGGCAGUUAUUCUGGUACUGUUGUGUUUAGCAGGCGGCUGUGUGAUGAGACAGUGGCUAAGGAAAUCAAAACACUCCAUUAAUAUUUCGUGAGUGAAAUAAAUACAAGUCCCAACAACACAUUGAUGGAUACCAAUAAGCAGUUGGAAAAGAAAGGAAGUCGCCGCGGUGAAUUUCGUGAGCGAGGAAAUUGUGUAGCUAUAGAACCGGCAACUGUGUCCCGCAAAAUUCUAUUUUGGCUACCAAUCAGUGAAAAUUUUCUCCCUACCAUAAUCCUGCUACACAGUGUAUAGCUAGCAGUAUAUAGUUGCCAAAAAGAGGGAGAAUUAGUAAAUUAUGGCUUCGGAAAACACCCCCUAUUAUACC